AUGGAUGGGGAAGAUAUGAUUUCUGGGAGUAAUAAUAAAAGGACUAAAGAGAUGGAGGAUGGUACUGAUUUUGAUGAUAAUGAGAUGAUAUUUAAACUGAGGAAGCUGCACGGUGUGAAAAAGAAGGUUUGCUUGGCACCGGAGGAGAUGUGUGGUAAUGGAGGAGGCGAGAAUGCUGACUCCAUUGGGGAGCUUGUUGAUGUAGCACAAACGGAUUUGGGAGGUAUGGAGGAUACCCUAGCUUGCUUUAGGAAGAGAUUGAAGGGUCCUAAGAGAGAACGGGGUUCUAGUGAUGCAGGAGGGAAUGUGUCUACUUUGAAUGUGGUGGCGGAGUCUUCUGAUGGGUCUUUGAAUGUUUCUAGCCAGUAUGAAGGUUUGGAUGAAAGAUCUUCGUUGAAUAAGGACAGUGUGUGUGAGGGGAGGGGUGUUGGGGAUAAUGGUUCUGAUUUGGAUAUGGAUAUGGAUAUGAAAGUAGAGAGACCUAAUGUGAAGUUGGCACUGAAGGGAAUCGAGGAUGGUGACAUGUCUGAAGGUGAUUUGGUUGUACAGGAGUCUAGAAAUACUCCAAAAGAUGAAAAAGGGGUUUGUGUUUUGCUUAAUGUUGGAAUGCAACACUCUUCUGAAGAAACAAUGGGAGAUUCUUUGCCAGAAAUGUUACGAACAGCACAAUCUAGUUUUGUUAGUAAGUCUGGUACUGCUGUCAGUUCAGAGCAGAAAUGUGGCAGGAGGGGCCAGAAUAUGAAUGAUGGGUUGAGCCCUGAUUCCAGAAGUGCCAGCAAAACUGCUGAUGGUACUCGCGAUUUAAACAUUCCUGAUGGGCCAUUAGCUGAUCCCUGUUUACCAGCCAACAUCUGCUAUGGAGAUAGCCAGCCAUUGUCUUGUGAACGAUCUGAAGGUAUUUGUUCACCUUCUGACCAAAAGACCACACUACAAGAAAUAAUUUGCAAUGAUGGUUUAAAGAAGUGUUCUGUCGUAUUGCAUGAUGUUGAAGGAAUCACCGACACCAUGUCUCUUCCUAAAACGGGGGAAAGGGUGUCUCCAAUUAUUGAGGGUGAGCUAAAGAAAAGAUUGACUGCCGACCAAGUAGAAUUGUGUAAUAUUCCUUCAAAAUGCAGCGAUUUUACGUCCAAGGACAAAGAAAAGUUCUCCUCUUGUGACUACAAGCCACUGGCUAGAUCAUCCGAGAAUAUGCCGUGUGGAAAUAAUCAUCAGGUUUCUGAAAAAGCAUUACAGGGAUCCUCAAGACAUGGAGUUAUGUCGUUCUUUGGAUGCCAACCAGAAUUAGAUGUAGGUGUGUAUUCUGAAACUAAGUCUGUCUCUGGCAGAAGUUGUGGUGAGCAGAAUAUUACUGAUACAAAGGAUGAAGUGCAAGAUUUUGUUUCAGGUGAUUUAUUGAAAAAAGAUUCUGCUGUUUCCGGUGGUUGUUUACAUCCUACAGUGUCCAAUGAAACUAAUAAAUCUGAAUUGGCUGUUCAGCCGAAUCACCCAGAGAUACCUUCAGAAACACACAAUAUUCCAAAGGACUCUGAGGCCUUUAUUCCAAAAUGCAGUUUGGUAUUAGAUCCGACUCAACCUUCCAAGAAUACAUUUGAAAAUACUUUUCUUGCAAAUGGUGAUUGUUUCCAUGCCAAGAGAGACUCUGAAGGUGCCUCUCAGAAUACAAUUCCAGAAGAGAAUGAGAAUUCUGCAGAAAAUGAUGCCUCUGUGUCUGAGGUAGCCAACUUUGAUGAUAAGACAUCGGCUGUUAUUCGCCGUAAGGCAAAAAAGCGCCGGCAUGGAGACAUGGCGUAUGAAGGGGAUGCUGAUUGGGAGGUUUUGAUAAACGACCAAGCUUUUCUUGAAAGCCAGGGUGUUGAUGGUGAGCGCAUUCUUAAACCAAGAGGGAAGCUUGAAUCUUUUUUGAAUGUUGUUGAAGAGUCUGAAAGUGAUGCAGUAGCAGUAUCAGCUGGAUUGAAAGCCCAUGAAGCUGGUCCAGUUGAGAAAAUAAGAUUUAAGGAAAUCUUAAAGCGUAAAGGGGGUCUCCAGGAAUAUUUAGAUUGCAGAAAUCAGAUACUAGCUCUUUGGGGCUGUGAUAUCACACGUAUUUUGCUACUUGCUGACUGUGGGGUUCAUGAUACUCCUUCUGAGGAUGAACCUCCCCGCUCUUCUCUUAUUAGGGAUAUCUACACAUUUCUCGAUCAAUGUGGUUAUAUAAAUGUUGGAAUUGCUUCUCUAAAAGACAAUAUUGAAAGUAGUGCAAAGAAUAAUUAUACACUUGUAGGAGAAAAAGGAUAUGAAGAAAGUUAUACAGCUUCUGUUGCUGACUCUGAAGAUGGAGUUUCCUUUAUUGUUGGUCAGACUAAAAAAUCAGAUGCUUCUAUAGAAACUAAGUGUGAUGGUAUAGUAGGUAAUGCAUACCUGGCAACUGAAGCUACAGAAGACAAGAUGAAUGUUAAUAUGGUGACAAUGGAUGUAUCAAACAUGACACAACAUGAAGAAAGAAAGAGUGAUGAUUGCCAGGAAAAACGUGGGCACGGAAAUGUUACCAGUUCUGAGCAAAGAAAUGAGUCUACCUGUGUUAAAUCUGUCUUGGGUGAUCAGAUGGGUGAUAUUCUGAACUCUGAUUCAGAGGUUAGAAAGAGAGUGAUUGUCAUUGGAGCCGGUCCUGCUGGUCUAACUGCUGCUCGCCACUUGCAACGUCUGGGAUUUCCUGUAACUGUACUUGAGGCUAGGAGUAGGAUAGGGGGUCGAGUAUUUACAGAUCGCUCAUCUCUUUCCGUCCCUGUGGAUCUUGGUGCUAGUAUAAUCACUGGUGUUGAGGCUGAUGUGGCUACUGAGAGAAGACCAGAUCCUUCUGCGUUGGUUUGUGCUCAGUUGGGUCUUGAGUUGACUGUGCUAAACAGUGACUGUCCUCUAUAUGACAUAGCGACGGGACAAAAAGUUCCUGUAGAUAUGGAUGAAGCACUGGAAGCUGAAUACAAUAGUCUUCUUGAUGACAUGGUAUUGCUUGUUGCCCAGAAGGGUGACCAGGCCAUGCGAAUGUCCCUUGAAGAUGGUUUAGAAUAUGCCCUCAAGAGGCGGCGUUUAGAACGCUCUCGAAGAAGUAACAAACAAAAUAAUUACGCAGAUGGUUCAUUUGGUUCAAAAAGAGGCAUAAUCCAUGGCAAAGAAAUGGAAGAGGUCUUGAGUCCUCUCGAAAGAAGGGUUAUGGAUUGGCACUUUGCUAACUUGGAGUAUGGAUGCGCUGCUCUGCUGAAGGAGGUUUCUCUUCCAUACUGGAAUCAAGAUGAUGUGUAUGGAGGAUUUGGAGGAGCUCAUUGUAUGAUUAAAGGGGGUUACAGCACUGUUGUCGAAUCUUUAGGAGAAGGGCUUGACAUCCAUUUGAACCAUGCUGUAACAAAUGUGUCUUAUGGAAGUACAGAAUCAGGCCGGGGUAAUAAAGUCAAAGUUUCUACAUCAAAUGGCAAUGAGUUCUUUGGAGAUGCUGUUCUGAUUACCGUUCCAUUGGGCUGCUUGAAGGCUGAAACUAUAAAAUUCUCUCCACCUUUACCCCCAUGGAAAUAUUCUUCCAUUGAGCGUCUUGGAUUUGGAGUUCUCAAUAAAGUGGUCUUGGAAUUUCCCAGUGUGUUUUGGGAUGAUGCAGUUGACUACUUUGGAGCAACAGCUGAGGAGACAAGCAGAAGAGGCCACUGCUUUAUGUUCUGGAAUGUCAGGAAGACAGUGGGGGCUCCGGUCCUCAUAGCAUUAGUGGUUGGGAAAGCGGCCAUAGAUGGUCAGAAUUUAAGCUCUUCCGAUCACGCCAACCAUGCGUUAAUGGUUCUCCGAAAACUUUUUGGGGAGGCUUCAGUGCCUGAUCCCGUUGCAUAUGUUGUGACUGAUUGGGGUAGGGAUCCUUUUAGCUAUGGUGCUUACUCUUAUGUUGCUAUUGGAGCAUCGGGAGAAGACUAUGAUAUAUUAGGGAGGCCAGUUGAUAACUGUUUGUUUUUUGCUGGUGAAGCAACCUGCAAAGAGCACCCAGAUACAGUUGGUGGUGCAAUGAUGAGUGGACUCCGAGAGGCCGUGCGCUUAAUUGACUUAUUUAGCACUGGAAAUGAUUAUACCGCAGAGGUGGAGGCAGUGGAGGCUGCACUGAAACAGUCGGAUACUGAAAGAGAAGAAGUUAGGGAUAUUAUAAAGAGACUUGAUGCAGCAGAGCUUUCUAACAUUUUGUACAAGAAGUCUUUGGAUGGUGCUCGAAUCUUAAGCAGGGAAACUUUACUAAGGGAUUUGUUCCUAAAUACAAAAACCAAUGCUGGGCGUUUGCAUGUGGCCAAACAGUUGCUACGUCUUCCUGUUGAAAACUUGAAGUCCUUUGCUGGAAGUAAAAGGGGGCUAAGCAUUCUCAACUCAUGGAUACUGGACUCAAUGGGGAAGGAUGGCACCCAACUCUUGCGACACUGUGUGCGUCUUCUUGUGCUUGUUUCGACUGAUUUACUUGCUGUGCGCUCAUCAGGCAUUGGAAAAACAGUGAAGGAAAAAGUUUGUGUACAUACUAGCCGUGAUAUUCGUGCUAUAGCAAGCCAGUUGGUUAGUGUAUGGCUUGAAGUCUUCCGCAAGGAAAAGGCAUCUAGUGGAGGACGAAAGCUGUCAAGACAGGCCAAUGUUGUAGAUAUAUCAAAGAGAAAAUCAAUUAACGAUCCAGCAUCAGGAAGACCACCUCUGAGUAUGCAUCAUAGUACUUUUGAGGAUAAAGGAAGCAUAUUAACUCCUGCAAUCAAUUCAGCCUCCAUUGCACAUAUGAAGAAAUCACAUGGCAAGCAAGGGAGCCAGCAAGCGGCAAAUGACUUAAGGUGUGAUGUCAGUUCUUCCAAAUCCCAAGGUUCGACAGGAAAAAUUGACACUGAGAUGAAGGAUACCCACUGUGCUAUGUCCGAGGAAGAAAAGGCUGCUAUUGCUGCUGCAGAAGCUGCUCGUGCCAAAGCACUUGCUGCGGCUGAGGCAUAUACUUCUGCUGAAGUUAGGAGCAAUACGCAACUCCAGCUUCCGAAGAUACCCUCAUUCCACAAAUUUAAGAGUCGGGAGCAAUAUUCACAAAAUGGUGAGAGUGAUAUUAGGAAAAAACGGUCUGGUGGUAUCUUGUCGGGAAAGCAAGAUUGUAUUUCCGAGAUUGAUUCUAGAAAUUGCAGAGUUAGGGACUGGUCUGUUGAUUUCUCUGCUGCUUGUGUUAACCUUGAUAAUUCCAGAAUGUCAGCUGAUAACCUGUCACAACGGAGUCAUUCAAAUGAGAUUGCAAGCCAUUUGAAUUUCAGAGAACACUCGGGAGAAAGUGUUGAUGUGGACAGCAGUUUAUACACCAAAGCCUGGAUUGACUCAGUUGAUGGCGAGGGAAUAAAAGAUUACCAUGCCAUAGAGAGGUGGCAAUCUCAAGCAGCGGCAGCUGGUUCUGAUUUUUCUAAUCCAGCUAUACAUUUGAAACACGAAGAGGAUUCAAAUGCCUGUUCAAGGUUACCCAGCUGGAAGCAUGAUGGAGUGGCAAAUGACAGCUCUAUUUCACAGAUUACUGUGAAUAAGGAGAAUUCAAAAAGCCAUUCUCAUAAUUCAAAAAGUCAUUCUCGAGGAGCAGAUCGUAUCAAACAGGCGGUUGCGGAUUAUGUUGCAUCUUUACUCAUGCCUCUGUAUAAGGCAAAGAAACUAGAUAGGGAUGCUUACAAGGCUAUAAUGAAGAAAAGUACAGCCAAGGUCAUGGAGCAAUCCACAGAUGCGGAUAAAGCCAUGACUGUUCACGAGUUUCUAGAUUUCAAGCGGAAGAAUAAGAUUCGACCUUUUGUGGACAAAUUGAUCGAGAGACAUAUGGAAAUGAAACCAGAUGUCAAAUCUUAA